GGGCUCGACUGCCCGCCCUGCCGCCCUCAGCGCGCCAGGUUCGAACGCUGCUGUCCGCCAUGGCCACUCCUCCCAAGCGCGGCCGGCUGCAGAGCAGGAUCAAGAAGAUCGCGGUUGAAGGAAACAUCGCUGCAGGGAAAUCAACGUUUGUGGAGAUCCUUAAACAAGCUGAUGAGGAGUGGGAAGUUGUUCCUGAGCCUAUAGCAAGAUGGUGCAAUGUUCAGCCCAGCUCUGAAGAGGAUUGUGAGGAGCUGACCACAUCACAGAAGAGUGGUGGAAACGUGCUUCAAAUGAUGUAUGAAAAACCAGAGAGGUGGUCUUUCACUUUCCAAACAUACGCGUGCCUGAGCAGGAUCCGGGCUCAGCUCAGGUCCCUUGAUGGCAAGCUCAAGGAGGCAGAGAAUCCUGUUGUCUUCUUCGAGCGAUCUGUCUACAGUGACAGGUACAUCUUUGCAGCCAAUUUAUAUGAGUCCGAUUGCAUGAAUGAAACUGAGUGGGCUAUUUACCAAGACUGGCACUACUGGAUGCAUCAGCACUUUGGUCAGAGGGUGGCGCUGGAUGGCAUCAUUUAUCUCAGAGCCACUCCCGAGAAAUGCUUAAAUAGGAUUUACUUGCGUGGAAGAGAUGAAGAGCAAGAAAUUCCCAUGGAAUAUCUGGUGAAGCUUCACUAUAAACAUGAAAGUUGGCUUCAGCAUAGGACACUGCGAACGGAUUUUGAGUAUCUCCAGGAAAUACCUAUUUUAACAUUAGAUGUUAAUGAAGACUUCAAAGGCAAAAAGGACAGAUAUGAUCACAUGACUGAAAAGGUUAAAGAAUUUGUGCGCAUGUUAUAAUCCUCUUUGAAGUGCAGGCAGAGUCAAACUCUUCCAAACACCUGCACGACCAAAGUCUGAAGUGCAGCUUCUGCUUUUAUAGAAGGCCUCUGGAGAGGCAGGACUCAGUACUGUUGAUUUAAUUGUGAGGAGCAAACAAGCUUUGUGAAUAGGAAAUUAUUAAAUAAACUACUAGGUCUGUUCAGUAUUUUAUGAAGUAACACACAGAUUCUGAAGACACUCAAAUUCAAAGAGUUCCUGAAUGUUUUGCCUGUUUCUAAUCAGACCAUUAAGUUCUUCUGGAGUGUUUCAUUGUAUUUUUUUAAGUUUAUUUUGUGCCCAAUAGCUGUUUAAUGUUCAAGAAGGUAGUGGGGUUUUAGAUCUCGACUUUUUUUAGUGGAAUUGACUUGUAAUGGAUGUCUUAUUGUUCUGAGGAAGGAAAAAGUAAACCCCAUUUUUGCUGCUGAGGGAAUUUUAAUAUAACCUGGAGUUUGAGGCUAUUGAGAGACUUUCCAUUGUUCAGCAUGUUUUCCCAAGCUCUUAAUACAACAGAGAUGCUUUUGUUGUUGCUAAGUCGUCUUCUCCUGUGGAGGAUUGUUUGCUUGAUGAGUACUGUAAAAGGAAGAACAUUUUGCAAAAGGCCUCCAUUUGUAAAUGGCAUGUUUCUAACCCUUCCCUUAAUCACAUUUUGGAUGUCAGAGGUGGCUUCUUGCUUUUCCUCCAGCUUCUCCAUUUGUUCACUGAGCCUUCUAAGUGCCUACAUGAGAUCUGGCGAUACUGGCAGUAGGCUGUCCCUGUCUUUUCUCAUCCUCGUGUAGUAAGAAGGGGAGACUUCUGUGGAGUAGCUGCUGCUCUAGUGCACUGUGUUUUAUUGACUGAGCCACUGUUGUUUCAGGUGCAGAAAAGACUAUAGAGGGUACACAUCUCAACAUAGUGUUUUAUGAGCUGCUUUGUUCUGCGUUAAACAUUUCUGGUUGAUUGCACAGUUGGCUUUUGAAUGCCAAAGUCUAUUGUAAAGCAUUUUAUUGUUUGCUGUGAUGCCUGCGUUACCUGCGAAUUUGAGAUGCAAUCUCAAAUUCCUUUGUGGUUGAUAUUGUGCUGGUGUGCUCUAACCCU